AAGAGAUAACGAGUGUGACGUCACGGCCAGGAUUCCAUGUGGGGAUUUCGCGUUUUCCUGGUGGGUUGUGGUAAAGGCAGUUCUGCGGCUUGCUGGGUUGCGCUUAACAGAAGUGGAAGACUCCUUGAGGAGAUUCAAAGGCAGAUGGCGUCCACAGUAUUAGCUGUUGUGGUUCUUGGACUGUGUCUGGUACAACCUGGAGAACCCUUUUUCGGUAACGGAUUUUUCUGGCCGUCUGCCUGGCAAGUGCAGACCCGUCGUGGUCCGCUGUGUAUGGAGUGUGACUCCACAUGGCACCCCAGGUGCACAGAGACAGCCAUUCCGGACCACGACCAAGAUAUCGGCACGACGAGAGCUACCAAAUACUGCUAUGUCAUGAAGGAAAUGAAUCUCUUCAACGGAACAUCUGUGGUAACCAGAGGGCGAGCAGACGACCUCAGCAUCCGGGUUCCUAGCCGAGGAGGGUGUGCCGUCAAAGACAACAAAGAUGGACGCCUUUUGGCACUCUGCGUCUGCAAUACUGAUAACUGCAAUGGGAAAUCCGUAGGCGACCUUGGCGGCCAAUUUCGAAUGAAGGAAGACACAGCGAAAUUGGUGGAAGAUGUUAUAAAACCUCCUAAGCAACGUGAGAUGGCGGAAAUCAGCAAAGAAGAUUUGAUAUCUUUGGAAAUAGCCUUGCAGCAACAAAAGGAAGACGAGGAAGAAGAAAAUGGCAACCAACUUGAAAGACCACUGUUGCCACCUAAGAAAAAUGAAAAACCCAAACCAGGAAAAGGCAAGGGUAAAGGCAAAGGCAAGGGUAAAGGGCAGGACAGGGGCAAAGGGCAGGACAAGGGCAAAGGUCAGGGUCGAGGUCGAGGUCAAGGUCAAGCUAAAGUUGAUUUCUCAUCUUCGUUUCUCAACGGGAAUGUCAUAGGUCCAGUUCUAAAUGGUGCUUUGCCGUUCUUUGGCCUUGGCGCACUUCCCAAUAAACCAAGGCGCGGGAAAAGGCAGACGAGCGGAAACGAUCCCUAUGACGUCACUCAGAUUUGCUCCUACUGUGGCGACCUCAAGUGUCCGACGGACUUUGCUCUUCCUCCCUACACCAGUUCUAUCAUGAACGACCCGGCAAAAGCUUGCAAGCGCAGACACAAUGGCAACUACCAGCUGUGUGACUCCUGCGUCAACUACGUCACGUGCGAGAUGGAAAACUUCCGGUUCCGAAGUUGCACUCCGGGAUUGGUUUGGAAUGAUUUCACGAAAACGUGCGUCUACCCUUGGGAAGAGUCCCCCAUGGCGUCCUGCUACUUAACUUACUCGGACAGGAGGACAAUCUGUGAUCAUUAUUACAACCAGGAGGUGUCCAGUUUUUGUGCGUUUUAUCAGAAUUAUUUCACCGGGAUAUGUGAUGCGUCUCUGUAUCCAUACUCGGGAAGAUGCGCUGGAAAUUAGAUUUCGACUGAGAGAUAUGAACUCCUUUUUGCCAACAAAUAUUUUGGAAAUACAACUUUUACAGAACUUUUAAAGACUACACUGAUUAAGUAAUAUCUUACGAUUUGGCACAAAUAAAACGUUGAAUUGAUUUUGGUUGUGAAAUUCAGGUAAAAAUCCACACGCUUUUUCUGUCUCGAAUUGCUUGGUAUUGUGUCUUCAUUGUGUGGAGUACUCGGUAUGCCAAAUUAAUUCAACGGACACAUCCGCAAACACCUCAAAGUCAGCUUGAUCAUACAGUCCGUCAAAGUAAAAUGUACCCUUUUGAUCUGCUAUAAUAAAUAGUGCGUCAUCGUGUCGAUCAUGAUUUCUAUAUUGAAGCCGUUUUUAUAAAAGUCACUAUUUAGUUCAAGAUUGUCAUAGUUCUGAGAACCAAGAAACGUGUACAUAAUUUUAUAUUUAAUAUUUAUUGAAUGAUUAAAGGUUUUAACAAAG